UGUUGGCUUACGGUUGGGCAGGUCACAACUGCGCCUGCAGCUGUUGUGUGUAACCACUGGCAGUAAGGAGCCCCCUCUCCCUGAGAGCUGAAAGAAACGUUGACCAGAAUACCAUACCGGUAGUCACCUUCUAGUUACGGUAUUCCACCACAUUUUUGAAUCCGGAGUCAAAAAGCGUACCGGUAACUUGAAAGCGCACGAACCUUUGGCCACCGCUCACCUCAAAAUCGAACGCCGGGUCACAUUUACCCCUCACUACUGAAACAUAGCGAGCUACCACAGCUAUUUUUAACUUUCCCUCUUAGGUUCACGAUAUCCGUGGGGAGGGGAAAUGGCAGAGCCUUUCUCCUUGGCUGCCAGUGGUGUGGCACUCAUUCACCUCGGGGUAAAGGUUUGCAAGCUUUGCGAUGACUACUGUCACGUGGUCAAGGAGAGCCAACAAGAUUUCAAGAGACUGGGAGACGAGAUCAGGGGUAUUGACCGACAGCUGAAGGAAAUGCGGAGCCUUGCUACACAAGGCGAUGAGAACAACCCGCAAUACCCUGGCCUACUUGAAUGGACGAAAAACGAAAGUUUGGAAGACUAUAAGGCAGUUUUGGAGGAGCUGGAGGGAAAGUUAGAUGUCCCAGGAUGGAGAAAAUCCUCGAGAAAGUUGCUUUGGCCCUUGCGUAAACCGAAAAUGGAGCAUUACCUGAGGUUGGUUGAAGAACAGAGAUCAAAACUUCAACUAUUGUUGACUACGGCCACAACGUAGGUUAUCCAGCUGUACCCUAAAGAUCCGACUCCUCCACCUCCUUUUUUUGUUUUCGUGGAGGCACUAACUAGUUAUAGAAAGACAGUAACUAAGGUGUUGCGAAAACUGGAUGGUACUUGGCCACCUUAUCCCUAACCCUCCAGUUAUUUUCUUUACUGAUAUCGGACAUUCCUGGAACACCAGAGAAAGAAUUCCGGGAAGUACUGAAAUGGCUUAACGUCGUUGAUCCAGGAGCCAAUUUUUCAUCCGCACUUGCUCUUCGUGAACCUGGUACGGGGGAUUGGCUGCUCAACCGACAUGAGUACAUCGAUUGGAAGGAAGGCAGAGGGGGGUUCUCUGGCUUUAUGGAAUACGUAGGUGCACAGAGAAGCGAAAUCUGAUUUAUGAAGAGUGUUACUAACAAUUGCAUCUUGUAGCGGGGUGUGGCAAGAGUGUCCUAAGGUACGAACUUAACUUAACUAGAUAUCCGGAGGUGCAAGGUGAUUUCCUGAUUGCUAACUCACUUUUUAGUGCUACUGCUAUUGAAGAUGUCAAACAUCCGUGCAGCAUGAGCAACGGUCACACAUUAGCUUAUUUCUACUUUAGUUUCAGCGACUCGGAGAAGUAGAAUUUGCUCAAUAUGCUUCUGUCUAUUGUUGACCAAUUACUGGAAGGGUUUUUGGCUCGGGGUUUCCCGGAUGAAGUUAUAAACCUGUAUCACAAUUUUAAGGCGAUUGGAAAGUCGACAGAUAUCAAAGCUCUGAAAUCAGCAUUUUCACAGAUGAUAAGGCUUUCCAAGAGAACAUUUAUCAUUCUCGAUGCUUUGGACGAGUUCCCUAAGGACACACGCGAGAGUCUCCUAUCUUGGAUCGGGGAGCUUACGGUUGAUCAUGAUGCGGGAUCGCUUUCCAUUCUCGUCACUAGCCGUCCCGAGGCCGAUAUAGCGAGAUCUCUAGAACCACUUGCCACUUCUGCAAUAUCGCUGCAAUCCAAAACUGUUGAUCCGGAUAUCCGGACGUAUAUACAGAACUCUCUAGAUGGCAAGAACGGUUUCAGGAGAUUUACCAAAGAAAUUAAGAGCGAGAUAGAGGACACACUCAUUUCUCGCUCAGAGGGAAUGUACGUUAUAGCUAACUUUUGAGUUUUUAACCUACGCUGAUCCAAGGUUGCAUAUGUUAAGGUUCCGAUGGAUGGUUUGUCUUCUACGGAUUAUAGAGGACUGCAUGACGCCACAAGACGUGAGGGAAUCAUUAAAGGAACUCCCGGAAGAUUUGGACUCUGUCUACUUGAGAAUCCUCGGCACCAUCCCUAAGAAGCAGAAGGAAUAUAUUCGGCGAGCGAUGCGUUGGCUCACGUUUUCGGCAGUCCCAUUGACAUUGGGCCAACUUGCGGAGGCUAUUGUGAUUGAAUACGAUGUCAACAAAUAUGGCCAGGAACCGGGAACGCUUUUCGAUGUGAAUUUUCUCAUUGGCAUUUGCCCAAGCCUUAUUUCCUUCGAAGACGCCAGGGAUGAUGAAUCCUCCAGCCAGGAAAGCCGCCGUUUACGACUAGCACAUUUCUCGGUAAAGGAAUACUUGAUCUCCGACCGGGCAGCUCAGGGCCCCAGUGCCUUCUAUUAUGUUUCGGAAGGUAGAGCAAAUUUACUGAUGGGGCAUGCUUGUCUCAGUCGAAUACUGCGACAUAGUACACAAGGCAUUGUUUGUGGAAGUAAAGUCGAAACAAUUUCGUUUCUCUACCACAGUGCUCGCUAUUGGUUCGUGUAUAUUCGAUCCAUUGAGGUCAUGGCACCGACUCCACUCUCCAGUGCUGUGUUGAAGGUCCACGAGCUUGGCCAGGGCUGGAUAGAUAUUUAUGACCCCGAUAGUCCCUACCGGCUUGGGCCGGAUUCUAGGGCUUACCCACCAGCAAUCCACUAUUCCUCGUUGUUAAAUCUGGUGAUGGCCUGUAAACUCCUAGCUAAUAGAAAAGAGGAUGCAGUAAACGUGAAUGCUCAAGGUGGCGAGUAUGGCAAUGCACUACAAGCGGCCGCGACACAGGGGAACGAAUCGGUUAUGCGGUUUCUCCUCGGGUGCGGGGCGGAGGUGAAUGCUCAGGGUGGCCGUUAUGGCAGUGCACUACAGGCCGCUGCAUUUCAGGGGAACGAACCAGUUGUAAAGCUUCUCCUCGAGUGUGGGGCAGAUGUGAAUGCUCAGGGUGGAAGUUAUGACAAUGCACUACAAGCAGCUGCAUCGCAAGGGAACGAAUCGGUUGUGCGGCUUCUCCUCGAGCGGGGGGCAGAUGUGAAUGCUCAGGGUGGCGAGUUUGGAAAUGCACUACAAGCCGCGGAAGCACUCCGUCAUGGAUCGAUUGUGCAGCUUCUCAUCACACACGGGGCUGUUCCUUAUGCUGGGAUUUUGGCUGAUACGUGUAGUAUGACCAACUAGGAGACUUUAAAUUGUUAAACUACUCGAAUAUCCC